AUGGCAGAGGAGGAAGGUGAUGUAGAUGAGGGAGAUGUCUUCCUGGCAUUUGCCCAGGGUCCCUCUCCUCCCAGGGGUCCUAUUCGCAGGACCUUGGACAAGGCCUUCUUUUUCCUCUUGGCCCUCUUUUUGAUGCUGUUGAUGCUGGAGGCUACUUAUAAGCUGCUGUGGCUGCUACCGUGGGCACCGUUUGGGGACUGGCUUCUUGGAACACCUCAGAAGGAAGAGGAACUGGAAUUGUGA